UAUAAGCACCAAGUACAGGAAUUCCUCGCAAUGCUUUACAAAUAUCUGCUGUUUUGCUUGGCGGCGUUUUUGCUCAUUACGGCGCAUUCCGAUGCCAAGGAAUAUCAGUUUAUCCCCGCUCGAUGCGUGGAGCAGCCUGGAGUCGGUCAGAAGAUUGGCGGUCCCUUAAGCAUAUGCAGUUUUCCACCAGACUAUGCGAAACCGGAUUCGGAGGACAUUCAGGCCGUGAUUAAACACAUUAAGAGCUUGCAAUUGAAUUGAGUCACACAAAAAUUCGACUUAU